AUGUUGACACGCUUUAUGGAGGGUCUUCUUUGCUGCCUCCCCUCGAAGUCGGCUAAUGUUGUGGUUCCUGUAGAAACCUCAGAAUCCACGGAUGGCUAUGAGUUUGUGGAGGUGAAACCAGGCCGUGUCCUGCGCGUUCGACAUAUCAUCCCUGACCGGCCGGUGGUGGAGGAGCCCACUGGACCCGGUGGGACUGUCAGCUGCAAACGAAAGAUCACAGUAUAUCGUAAUGGACAGCUUUUCAUUGAGAACUUGGGUGACAGGGCAAGUGCAGAGCUGAAAAACUGCCAGAAUGGAGAGGCAGAACCAAACAGCACUGUAGAGGUUGAACUUACAGACUGUGGUAAGUCCUCGGUGCCCGUCAGCAUCCCUGAGGUCGGGGCUGAGUCUGUCAAAGCUGGAAAAGAUGGGUCAGCUGAAACAGUAGCAGGAGGAGAGGCACCUGCUGCUGGGCAGACUGACCAGUCGCAGCAACCCAGGAAGCGCAGGAAGAAGCCCAAGCGCACUGUGGUGAUCGACUGUGAGAGGAAGAUAUCGGCCUGUAAGGGGACACACGCAGACGUGGCUCUGUUCUUCAUCCAUGGAGUGGGAGGCUCUCUGGACAUCUGGAAAAGCCAGCUUGACUUCUUUUCCAGGCUGGGCUAUGAGGUGAUCUCCCCGGACCUUGCAGGUCACGGAGCCAGCUCAGCACCGCAGAUAGUUGCUGCAUACACUUUCUAUGCCCUAGCUGAGGAUAUGAGACUCAUCUUCAAGAGAUAUGCACGCAAGAGGAAUAUUCUCAUUGGACAUUCUUACGGUGUGUCGUUCUGUACCUUCCUGGCCCACGAGUACCCGGAGCAGAUCCACAAGAUGGUGAUGAUCAACGGAGGUGGUCCCACAGCUCUGGAGCCCAGCCUCUGCUCCAUCUUCAACCUGCCCACCUGUGUGCUUCACUGCCUCUCGCCACUGCUAGCCUGGAGCUUUCUCAAGGCUGGCUUCGCUCGGCAGGGUGCCAAGGAGAAGCAGCUGCUGAAAGAAAACAAUGCCUUCAACGUGUCUUCCUUUGUGCUGCGCGCCAUGAUGAGUGGGCAGUACUGGCCUGAGGGGGAUGAGGUUUACCAUGCUGAACUCACAGUGCCCAUCCUGCUGGUCCAUGGCAUGCAUGACAAGUUUGUCCCCAUUGAAGAAGACCAGCGCAUGGCGGAGAUCCUCCUAAUGGCCUUCCUGAAGGUCCUGGAGGACGGCAGUCACAUGGUCAUGAUGGAGUGUCCUGAGGCUGUCAACACACUCCUGCAUGAGUUCAUCCUGUGGGAGCCGACCACCCCUCCACCGCCGAAGAAAGAGUCCAAAACACGUCCAGAAACUGCCAAAGCCCAAUCGGACAACACCAAGGCUACAUCUGACCCUUCCCAGGUCCGACCUGCAACCGCAAGGCAGACCUCAUCAAAUGGCGGCACAGAGGAGAAGCGAGACAGCAAGGCCUGA